AUGAAGGAUUCCAUGAAAAUAUGUACUGUGUGUGCAUCCAAUAAUAAUAGGUCUAUGGAAUGCCAUAAGCAACUAAGAGAUGCUGGCUAUGAUGUUCAAUCAUUUGGAACUGGUUCAGCUGUUAGACUUCCUGGGCCAUCUAUAGACAAACCGAAUGUGUAUGAAUUUGGUACGCCUUACGAAGAAAUAUAUAAAGAUUUAAGCUCACAGAGUUGUCACAAAAUGUAUGAGUCUAACGGCUUAAUACACAUGGAAGAAAGAAACAUGAGAGUUAAGAGGGCUCCUGAGAAAUGGCAAACAAAUGCGUAUGCCGGGAAAUUUGAUAUAGUAAUAACUUGUGAAGAGAGGUGUUUCGAUAGCGUCCUUGAUGACCUAAUGUAUCGAAUGUAUUCUAAGGACGAUGCGGACGACGUAAAAGAAAUAGUUCAUGUUGUGAAUGUAGAUAUCAAAGAUGACAAUGAGAAUGCAAUGAUUGGUGGUAAGGGUAUCUUGAAACUUAUUAAUAUGAUACAUGAUUUCAAGCAGAAAAAAAAGGAAGACUAUGAUGACGAAUCUGAUGUACUUUUAGAGGAUCAAAUGGUAAGUAUUCUUGCAGAAUGGCAAAAGGAACAUACUCAUCUUCCAACUUUAUAUAGUGUAAGCUAUUAUUAG